AAAAAAAUAUCAGGAAAUUGUUCCAGACAAUCUAGUGUUACGGUUGGUGGUAAGCAGCAGUGCAAAUUGCCUGAACCCAACCCAUCCUCCCGCCGGAAAGCAGUCAAUUCGCCCGUCAAUUUCCCGAUUGUUAGUCCUUCAAAUAUAACCCAUUUGGAGGACCAUUUGUUUUGUAACUUAACCAGAGUGAGAUUACCACGAGCAGCACCUUCAAUACGCCGCGUUUAAAUAGUGCCGUUAUCGAAAUAGAAACCGGAAAUCCGAUCUAUCUUGUUACUGCUGCCGGUCAGUCGAAUGUAAACUGUCCGUCGGUGUAAGAGGAGUGCGCAUUCACAGCCGUGUUGUUAGAACUGCCGCAUAAUGUAUUAAUGUCCACCGUGGUGGAGCAAAAGAGUGAAAAGGAAAGACCCCCUGUCCACCGUUGACCAAAGUGCGCAUCGUUGCGGCCACGGUACUCCAACGAGCUCGUUGAUCAAAGGUCUCGGGUAAAGAUGUCAACCCCGUCUCGGGACUGUUCACCGAAGCAGCGCACGUUCGGCGCCGGCAGCUUCAGCACGCACACCUCAUCGUCUUCAUCGCUCGCCUCAUCCACCGCCGGCAACGCCAACUCCAUCGACUCGUCGCUCUCGUUCCCUAGCGUCAGCGGUAGCCCGACGAAACUGUCCCUCUUUGGGAGCAGCAAAAUGUCGUCAACGACUGGCGGCAGCCCACCGACACUACCGACCGGACCGGGGCCAAGCCGGCAGCGGUCACUGCGCGAUCGGCUGCGCGAGGGCAUUACCGGAAGUCUCACCUGGCAGUAAGUGUUUCUCAGCAACCAACUUUUGAACCUACCACGCAGACAGCAAA